AUGGCGUUUGGCCAACAUAUGGUUACUUCUGGUUCGACUUAUGCAUUGUUGAGGAGGUUGAAUAUGCUAGAUGACCGAUCUCUCUUGUUUAAUCGACGAGAUUCGUUUGAGAUAAUUCGCGAGGAAGCUGAAAAGCAAAUGCAAAAAGCUCACGAUGUGAACGAAAAAAGGUAUAACUUACGCGCAAGAGAGGUAUCGUUUGUACAGGGUCAAGAGGUAUUUCGCCGCAAUUUCAAGCAGAGUUGCUUCCAAACGGGCUACAACGCCAAGUUUGGACCGUCAUUUGUAAAAGCCCGUAUUAGGAGAAAAAUAGGUAACUCUUACUAUGAGCUUGAAGACUUACAAGGUCGAUUGCUAGGCAAUUAUCACGCCAAGGAUAUUCGACAAUAA